AACACAAUGAGGUUUUUGGUCAUUGCUCUUCUGAUUGCUGGAGCUUACGGGUGUGGAGUACCCACCUUUCCCCCAAUUGUGUCGAGAGUGGUUGGAGGAGAAGAUGCCCGUGCCCACAGUUGGCCGUGGCAGAUCUCUCUCCAGGUCUUCAGGGAUGGUAACUGGUUACAUUCCUGUGGUGGUACACUCAUCUCCAAAGACUGGGUCCUCACUGCAGCUCACUGUAUUACUGGUGACACCUACAGACUGUACCUGGGCAAACAGAAUCUGAAGGAGGAUGAAGAAGGUUCUGUGGCCAUCCCUCCUGAAAAGAUCAUCGUGCAUGAGAAAUGGAAUCCCUACAACAUUCACAAUGACAUUGCCCUGAUGAAACUGCAGACUUCAGUGACCUUCAGUGACACUAUCCAACCUGCCUGUCUUCCUGAAGCUGGUUACAUCCUACCCAACAAUGCACCUUGCUAUAUCACUGGCUGGGGUCGUCUCUACACCGGAGGCCCUCUUGCUGACAUCUUGCAGCAAGCCCUGCUCCCUGUUGUGGACUAUGCCACCUGUAGCCAGAGUGACUGGUGGGGCAGCCAGGUGACAACCAGCAUGCUCUGUGCUGGAGGUGAUGGUGUUGUCUCUGGUUGCAAUAGUGACUCUGGUGGUCCUCUGAACUGCCAAAAUUCCAGCGGAGCAUGGGAGGUCCACGGAGUUGUGAGUUUCGGCUAUCGCAUUUGCAAUUACCCUGAGAAGCCCACUGUCUUCACUCAAGUCAGUUCCUACAUGGACUGGAUCAGCACCGUAAGUACACGGCGUAUAUGUGAUAUUGUAUACUCCUACACAAUACCAAAUCAAGAAGUCAAUUUAGUGCCUCUCAGCACAGGAUGA